AUGGCAAUCAUUAACCAGCUAACCGCGCUGUUCGCAAACAUUUGGCAUGAAGAGAAAGUGCCUCCCUCUUGGGGCGAAUCAGUUAUUGUCCCAAUUUUCAAGAAAGGCGCUCGCACUUCAUGUGCAAAUCAUCGCGGGAUUAGUCUUAUUUCGGUUGCCUCUAAGCUGUUGGCAUCCAUUCUACUUCGUAGACUAUCCCCAGUACGUGAAUCGUACUACCGUGAAGAACAAGCUGGUUUCCGUCCUGGCCGCGGAUGCGUGGAUCAAAUCUUCACGCUCCGCCAACUCCUUGAACAUCGCCACAUUUAUCACAGGCCCACUAUCGUUACAUUUCUAGACAUACGUGCCGCUUUUGACUCCGUUGAUCGACCUGCUUUAUGGCGUUGCUUACUAAAGAACGGGGUGCCAGAGAAAUAUAUCGCCAUCUUACGAGCACUUUACCUUCACACAUCCGGCAGAGUGAGGGUCUAUGGCAAGCUUUCCUCACAAUUCGCUGUCAAUAGCGGUGUGCGACAGGGCUGCCCUAUAUCCCCAUUCCUCUUCAACUUCGCAAUCGAAGACGUUCUGUCGAAUGCCCUAGGUUUCCAACAUUUUGGCCUAGAGCUUCUACCGGGUGAGCGCGCGACCGACUUAGAUUAUGCUUAUGAUAUCGCCUUACUUGGUGACGAUCCUCAGUGUAUGCAACUCAUUCUGGAUCGUUUGGCGGUUGAAGCAUCUAAGUAUGGCAUGAGCUUCGCCCCAUCGAAGUGUAAAGUACUGCUCAAGGAUUGGCUUUCACCUACACCCGUGCUCACUCUCCAAGGUGCACAACUUGAACAGGUAGAUAGUUUCGUCUACCUUGGGAGCUGUGUUUCCGCUGACGGCACAAUCAACAAAGAAGUUUCACUUCGCAUCGCUAAAGCUCGAUCAGCAUUUGUCAAUCUGAGGCACUUGUGGCGUCGUCGCGACGUCUCAUUCUCACUAAAGGGCCGAGUUUACAGCGCGUCCGUUCGCUCAGUAUUGUUGUAUGGGAGCGAGUCCUGGCCGAUUCGCGUGGAAGACAUGCGUCGUCUUUCUGCGUUCGAUAACGGUUGCUUAAGGAGGAUCGCUCGUGUUCGGUGGCAACAUCGAGUUAAUAAUAUUGACGUUCGACGUCGCGUCUUGGGGAAUGCAAGUAUUUCCUUCAACAAACUGGUUUUGUUGCGCCAGUUAAGAUGGCUCGGUCAUGUCCUACGCAUGGCACCUGAGCGUCUACCGCGUCGCGCUCUAUUCGCUCGUCAAGGACCUGGCUGGAAGCGACCGCGUGGUGGUCAGCCUUCCACUUGGCGGCAGCACAUGAAAUCGCUGACGUCGUGUCUAGCCGCUGUUGGACCCGUACGUCUUCCAGGAUGGGGACCCAAAGAUGAGGAGUGCCAAUGGCUUAGGACACUUGAAGACAUGGCCCGCAACCGGAAUCAAUGGAAGAAUUGUGUACAGUGUUGUGUUGAUUCACAUGUUUAAUUCUACAAACAUUGAAAAUGACAAAAAAAGAGAAAAAUCGGCGUGUGACAAACAAACUAAAAAUGUUUUGUUCUGUAUUUUUGUCAAAAUAUUCCAUUUUCU